AUGAGUGACCUCCCCACUACGUUCGACAAGCCUGUCCAUAUCGCCGUGAUUGGCGGUACUGGUCUCGGUCAGCUCGAAGGCUUCGAGCCCGUCGCUGCUCUCAACCCUAUUACACCUUGGGGACCCCCGGCCUCGCCGAUCCAGAUCCUCUCCCACAAAGGUGGCUACGUCGCUUUCCUUGCUCGCCACGGUGUUCACCAUCAGUUUGCUCCUCACGAGGUCCCGAACCGCGCAAACAUCGCUGCUCUACGACAUAUCGGCGUCAGAUCCGUCAUUGCUUUCUCCGCCGUCGGUUCCUUGCAAGAGGAGAUCAAGCCUAUGGACUUUGUCGUCCCGGACCAGGUCAUUGAUCGCACAAAGGGCAUCCGUCCCUUUACCUUCUUUGAGGGUGGUGUAGUUGGACACGUUGGAUUCGCCGACCCUUUCGAUGCAGGCCUUGCCAAGGUGGUCAAGGCUUGUGCAGCUCAUAUGGAAGGUGACGGCGUCGUAUUGCACGAGAAGGGCACGGUCAUUGUCAUGGAAGGACCACAGUUCUCAACUCGCGCCGAGUCCAACAUGUAUCGAUCUUGGGGAGGAUCUGUUAUCAACAUGUCGACCCUUCCUGAAGCCAAGCUUGCCCGCGAGGCCGAGCUGGCCUACCAGGUGAUUGCCAUGGCCACCGAUUACGAUUGCUGGCAUUCAUUUGAGGAUGUUAAUGUUGAGCUGGUCAUCAAGUACAUGAAGGCUAACAACGAAAAUGCCAAGCGACUCGUAGCGGGUGUCUUGGAUCGACUUGCUGAGCUCGAGAACAGCGACCUGGUUCAAGCAAAGCACUGGGCUGGCGCCUCUCAAGGAGCUGUCAAAUUCAUGACCAAGCCAGCUGGCCGUGAUCCCGAGGCCAUGAAGAAGGUCGAGUACCUUUUCCCUGGCUUCUGGGAGGAAUAA